AUGACCUCGACGCUCGCCGCGACCGGCGCGGCCGCGGCCGCCGCGCUUCGCGCUCGCGCGCCCCCCCGCGUCGCGUCGACCGCGCCCGCGCCCGCGCCCGCGCCCGCGCCCGCGAAGCGAGUCGCCUCCGUCGGCGCGCGUCGUCCGAUGUUGACGCGCGUCGACGAAAUCGCGCCGUCGUCGCCCAUCUCGACGCGCCGCGUCGCCGCGCGCGCGAAAGGCGACGGCGUGAUGGGCGACGCGGAGGACCUCAUGCGCAAGUACGGCGACGCCGCGAGCGCGACCGGGCAGUUCAUAGGCAAACAGGCUGGGAUGAAAGGCGGUGGCGCGCCCGCGCGACGCGCGAGGUCGUCGAGGGAUGGCAACGGCGACGGCGUCUUCGCGCUUCUCCUCGUCAACGUCGCCGCGUUCGUCGCGGACAACUGGCUGCGGCUGCCCGUCAUGCGCGCGCUGUACCUGAACCACAUGCACCCGCAGUGGUGGCAGUUCGUGACGAGCAUAUUCUGUCACGCCAACUGGGCGCACCUCAGCGGGAACAUCUUCUUCCUGUACGUCUUCGGGCGGAUCGUCGAAGAGGAGGAGGGGACGUUCGGGGUUUGGUUCUCGUAUUUAUUCACCGGGGUGGGCGCCGGGGUGGCGUCGUACCUCGUCCUCCCCAAGGCCGCGGGCGGGAUGCUGGGGCUGGGCGCCGCGGCGACCGUCUCUCUGGGCGCGUCGGGCGCCGUGUUCGGUGCGUCGCUCGGUCUCUCGACUCGCGGCGCGCGUCGGCGUCUCGUCGUCUUCUCUCUACGAUGGAUCCGAUCCGCCGCUGACGCCGGAGCGACCGUCCCUCCCUCCCUCUCCCUCUCUCCUCCGUCCGUCCGUCCGUCCGUCCCGCCAGGCUUGUUCGCGAUCAGCGUCCUGACGAAGAUGAAGAUGAACUUCAGGAAGCUCCUCGAGGCGGUCAUCUUGGGCCAGUUCGUGAUCGAGCGUUUCCUCUCCGAGGCGCGGAUGGCGUCCGCCGCCGGCGGCGUCGGCGCGGGGGGCGUGAACCACGUCGCGCACUUAGCCGGCGCGCUCGUGGGGGUGCUGCUGAUUUGGGGGCUGCAGAGGAUGCUGCCGCCGGAGUGA